AUGUCAGACCCAAUAAAGAGGAUGGGCGAUGCCAAAGAAGUGGAGAAUAAUAACGGAGAAGAAGCAAUAGCUCCAAAUAAUGUGUCUGAUAUGCUGGUAGGCGAGCAGCUGGAUGUUAACUCGUCUCAUCUCUCUGAUGAUGCUAUACAUGCUGAACCGGAGCCUUUCCAUACUGUGGAAGAAGUCACACAGAAAGAGAAUGUCACAGUUGAGGAUAUUGUGACUCGGCCUCCAUCUUCGCCAGUCCCUAUCUCUCAAAGAAGAGGACUUUUUUCUAGUCUCACACUCAUCCCCGAACAAGAAACUGCUCUGGGCCAUACGGAUACGACAAAGAAGCUUAUUGUCGCACAAGUUUCAUUUGCUGCUGUUAUUGCUCCAAUGGGAGCGUCAAUUCUGCUGCCUGCACUCACAAACUUGGCAGAUGACCUUCAUGUGACAACAUCUGUUGUCAAUGUAUCUUUCGGCUUAUAUAUUUUAAGUUUGGGCAUAUUUCCUUUAUGGUGGUCUGGAACCUCUGAGUUGUAUGGUCGUCGUUCGGUAUAUGUUAUUUCUUUUCUACUAUACACUCUAUUUACCAUUGGAUGUGCGCUCUGUAAAUCUAUUGCGGCUCUAAUGAUUCUCAGAAUACUUUCCGGAGGGGCUGCUGCUGCUGUUCAAGCAGUUGGUGCAGGUACGAUUGGCGAUAUUUAUGUUACCACCCAAAGAGGACGGGCAAUGGGCUAUUUCUAUCUAGGUCCAUUAUGUGGCCCGUUAUUUGCUCCAAUUCUUGGUGGUGUACUUACCACAAAAUGGGGCUGGAGAGGCACCAUGUGGUUUUGUGUCAUUCUAGGAGGCAUAAUGACGGUGGUGCUUCUUUUUUUUCUUCCAGAAACUUUGAAGAGGACUACUCCAAUAGUUGUGGAGCAGAGUCGCCGUAACAGCAUACUUCGUGUUCUCAGUCCAAAAAGUAGUAUAGGAAGCCGUGUUGAAGCCCACGAAGACAACAACAUUGUUGCUGAUGCUUUAGUACCGGUUCCGUCCAGGACUUCACGUGUAGCCAAUGUCGAUUUAGAACACGGCCAUGGUGGAAUGUUUGGUCAACUCCACAAAUUUCAUAUCCCUCAUGUUAAUCAUAAUCAUGAGAAAGCGGUAGACCCAAAUCAUGAAAGUGUUAAGAAGAAGAUACUUGAGGUAUUCUUGAGGCCGUUGAAAGCUUUCAAGUUUCUGAAGUAUCCACCAGUGCCUUUAUCAAUGGUGUACAGUAGUUAUUGCUUCUUUACCUUAUACUUUCUGAAUAUUGGUAUCGAAAGCUUAUAUUCCUCCCAGCCAUACAUGUACAAAUCAAUAAUCAUAGGCUUGCUUUAUAUUCCCAAUUCCGUCGGUUACGUCAUCUCAAGUAUUGGUAACGGAUAUUGGAGUGAUUAUGUUAUUGACCGGUCCAUUAAAAAGCACGGCAGAGUUAUCCCAGAAGCUCGAUUAUCUGAAAGCGUAUAUUUGGCAGCGGUAAUAUUCCCACUGUCGCUUGUUCUGUUCGGCUGGGCUGGUCAUUUUAAAACUUUCUGGUUGGUACCCUUGGUGGGUACGUUCUUUUUUGGGUUUUCCUCAAUGCUUAUCUUCGGCAAUGUUACAACAUAUUUGGUUGAUGUACUACCUGGAAGAGGGUCAUCAGGGGUCGCAUUGAAUAACUUGUUUAGAAUGAUACUUGCUGCUAUUGCUACAUUUGUAGCAGAUCCGCUGCAAGACAGACUUGGAUUUGGCUGGUUAUACACUAUGUUGGCAAUUGGUUCCUUACUUGCAUUUACCAGCAUUUUAUCUAUUAAAAAGUGGGGUCCCCGAUGGAGAGAGAAUUACGAUAUUACAAAGCUCUAUUGA